GUGUGAUUUUAGGUUAGUAACUUUACCUUUAGUUCAUUCCACCUAUUAAACGUCAGGAAACCGAAAAAAGGAAAGAAAGAAAAGAAGUAUAAUUCGUGUACAUUUCAUCAUGGUUUUAUUUUCCACCUACAAGGCCCAGCGGAUUUUACCAAAUUCGUUUCUCAAACAAUCCGUCUUGCGGGCGCGCGCUAUUACGGAGUUUUACUGGCAUCGCCCAUGGAAUGGAACCCUCAUGUGGUUACUCCCGGGCGACUUCCGAAUCUGGGCGGUUGCAAUUCCGAUUGUGUACUUCUUUCAUCGAUGGCAUAAUGAUCACGUGUUAGAUCAUGAUUUCUGCGAAAAAGCGAUGAUUAAGCGCUGGGGAGGCUCAUUGGAGGAGGUGCGGAAGCUCUCUCCACAGGAUCAACUUCGCGUGCGGAGUUUUAUAGAGUUGGAGAAGCUCUACGCCUCGUACGGCCCGAAGGAUUUGGUGGUUCAACCCCAGGGUGAUUCCCUCCCUGGAAAGGAUUACUAUCAGAAAGACGUGCAUUUGAAUCAUUAAUUCGGCAUGAGUGAAAAGAAAGAAAGGAACGGAAUGCCGCUUAGCGGAACUAUUCCAUAAAUAUCAUUAGCGGUUUGCUUUGGAUAUAUAAAGGUGUGUAGGCGGAUGUCGUAUACGCCGCACUGGCACUUUCACUGAGUCUUUAUGUUUUCUGGGACCACUGAAGAAUUCUGAAGAAUAAAACAAAAACAAAAAAAAAGAAAGCAAACCCACUGCACAAAUUGCGUAUUUGAAUGGUAUUGUAGAAAAGUUGUGUGGUCCUUUUAGUAGUGAUUUGAACCCAAAGAAAAAAAAAGCUAAAA